AAACGUUGACAGAUACACAUUCAAAUUUCAAAUUUGAAUUUUCUUGCUGGUUUGGAACAGCUGGAAACAGCGUUGUUUUGAAUUUUCGUUUUUAUUAAGAAAGCAACUCUUUGAAUUUUGACGAAGGGCAUUACAUCCAAAAAGUACGAUUUACUUUUGUAAGUUAAGUAAUAUCUUUUCUUCUCAGAGCCGCACUUUUCGCACAAACUCCUGAAGCCGAUUCGAAAACCAUGGCCUCAAGUCCUGCUGAGAGUGAUUCUAGUGAAGAUGAAGUAUUUUUUGGGCCGAUUACAUUAAAGGAAGUCAGAGCAUGUCUUUUACCAAAACAUGUACGACGAGCAAUGAGAAAAGCUGAAAAGAAAAAAAAAGAAAUCAAUGGACAUGACAACAGUAUUAAAAUUAUUGAAGUACAUUCAGAGCCAGAAAUGAAUAAUGAUUGUGUCAUUAACUCUUCAGACCUGCCAAAAGUCUCCAAUAGAUUAAGAAAUUGCUCUACCAGUCCCUUUGAUAGCAGCUAUCUAAGACUCCCAGCUGAUGACAGCUUUGUAUUAAUUGAGAAACAAGUAACUGAAAUUUGUAUGACUGAAAAUAAAAAUAGUGAUUUGAAUAAUGCUUUAGACAUUGAUAACUAUUUUGGAAAAAAGCAAAAUGAUCUGAUACCUAAUAUACACAUAGAAUCUGAAGAUGGACAAAGUCAAUUACAACAAAAAAGCACAUCUAAAUUUCUAAAAGAUGGUGCAGCAACACAUAUAUAUGAAAAUCAAACUAAGAAAGAUGAUCUAGAUCCAUCCAUCACAAAUCCACCAAAGAAUAUUAAUGUCCUAAAAACUCCCACAAGAAAUAAUCAAGCUCAUUCAGUUAGGACACCUUUCAGUAAGAAUAUGUACCAACAUGUAUCCAGCCCUGUUGCAGAAUACAUCAAAAACCCUCCAGUUUUAAUACGACGUCAUGGAACACCAAUAUCUAUAUCACAUAUACCUAUAAAGAAAUAUCCACAUAAUAAUAAAAUGAGCAACAAAGAAAACAGGAAACUGAAAUAACCAACUUUUUAUUGUAAGACUCCUACAAUUUAUAAGUACUCAUAUGAAUAUACAAUAGCUGAUGUCUGCAACUUUCUCUGUGUGCCUUACGCUGCGAAUUUCAAAGGUCAGACUUUCGGAUUCUAAAGACACAAAUAGAUAAUUUUAUAAUCUUACUGGUAGUUUUAGAUUGUUUAAAUAUUAUUGAACUGGCGGAUGUCUGAUAUGGAAUGUUGAUGGACAUGAAAUACAAUGAUCAUUCAAUUUUGACGGCCUCUGUGGCGCAAUGCGUGGUGGAUUUACAAAACGAAGGUCCUGGGUUCCCCGUCUGGCUGGUGGGAGGAUUCGGCCGAGGCUACCCCCCUACCGACAAAGAGAACCGCCAAGCGAUUUUUUUUGUGCUAACAAUACAUGUUGUUUUAUGUUUACUCUAGUCUACCUACUUUAACUUUGUUCUUUUUAUAUGUUCUGUCUGUUUCAUUUUUUUAUUAACUAACAAUAAUGUAUUGCCUUGUGUAUGUGUAUUUUUCUUAAAUAUAAUUAUCAUGUUAAUAACUUAUUUAGUAAUAAUAUAUUCAUUAUUAUAUACAUAAGAGAAAA